AAGGCAACCGAAGGGGCGGGAACAAUGUGUGCGCGUCCACCAUUCUUCCUGUUACUGCAGCCUGUAGAAGAAGAAGACGUUUUACCUAAACAAAGUCAAGCUUUUUAUUUGUUCUCAUGGCCGGAGUAAGCGGCACCAUGGCCGGUAGCUGGUGGAGCAGUGCAGCGGUGACCCACGGGCUGAUUGCUCUGUUCGCCAUGGGCUCCUGGAUUUCCGUCAACAGUCUGUGGGUCGAGCUCCCGGUGGUUGUCAAUGUGCUGCCCGAAGGGUGGAACCUGCCUGCCUACAUCUCAGUGCUGAUAGCGUUUGGGAACCUUGGUCCAAUAGCAGUGACCAUCACACACCACUGUGCUCCAGGACGUUUAAACGAACGCCUCGUCAUCCACUGCAUCCAGGUGCUGGCAGUGGUAGUGUCCGCUCUUCUGGCUGUCUUCUGGUCACACAUUGUCACAAUAGCUGGAGAAAAAAGGUCACUGCUGUUCCUGCUCUUCACCUUUGUGUUGUCUUUGGUUUGCUGUACAUCCAACGUCACCUUCCUGCCUUUUAUGUUUCGUUACCCCCCUCAGUAUAUUCGUACUUUCUUCAUUGGUCAGGGCUUCAGCGCUUUGUUCCCUUGUAUUGUGGCUUUAGGGCAAGGCGUUGGCAAGCUGGAGUGUAAAACUGUCAAUGGCACAGUGCAGCCAGAGUAUUUAAAAGAGAACUUUCCUGCACAGAACUUCUUCUGGUUCUUGUGUAUCAUGCUGUCAGUCUCAGCUCUGAGUUUCUGGGCUUUAACACGAAGACAGACAGGGUCACAGGAAGAUGCACCGCCACAGGAGUCUGUCAAUGCGGCAGCAACAAAAAACGGAGAGGAAACACACCCGCUACACAACGGCGGGACACCGGUAUCUGAGGAGCAGGUGCAGGUGGAGGAGCAGUCACCUGCUCAGACAUUUUGGAAACAGCGGAACAUCUACCUGCUGUCACUGCUUGCCGUCUCCAACGCCCUCACCAACGGGGUCCUGCCGUCUGUGCAGAGUUUCUCCUGUUUGCCCUAUGGCACCAUGACCUUUCACCUCUCUGUGGUCCUUGGAAACAUAGCAAACCCCCUGGCCUGCUUUCUAGCUAUGUUUGUUAUCCUGAGGUCCUCCAGUGGUCUGGGCUUCUUGUCUUUAGCAGGGGGAGUAUUUGCUGCAUAUCUCAUGGCGUUAGCGGCACUCAGCCCCUGUCCUCCACUCCUGGGAAACCCUGCUGGUGUGGCUUUAGUGGUCAUUUCCUGGAUUAUUUUCACCGGCCUCUUCUCCUACCUGAAGGUGGUGAUUGGGACUUUGCUUCACGAGGCAGGUCACGCUGCCCUGCUGUGGUGCGGCAUCUCUAUCCAGGCCGGCUCCCUCAUCGGAGCCCUCACCAUGUUCCCUCUGGUCAACAUCUACCAGGUGUUUGCCUGGGCUAAAGAAUGUGUGGAUAACUGCAGUUAGCAGGAUUGAGAUAUGUAAUUAGUAGUUUUUCUGAAUUCUGUUUUUAUGGACACGGUUCCCAUUCAUUCUUCAUGGGAAAUUACUGUUUUUAACGCUGUGUUUGGGUUCCUGUUCCUGAGGGGAAGCACCAGAUCUGUCUUGGCCUCAUCUUUCUUGGGGAUCAUACCACCAAUGAGGCAUCCCCUCCUGAUUCAGAGGCCUCUGAGCCUGUGAAAGUAAAAACAUUCCCAGAUAAUGGGAGCAUUGUGUUGUUGCACAUUGGCCAAGGGGAUGUAAAAUACGUAUGAUGCAGUAAUACCACAAGCGCUUUGUGUGGUAUUUUAUAAUGAAUCUCUGUAGUUGAAGUUGUUUACUGUAGCAAAAACAGCUGCUGAUGGAUUUUUUUCCCCACUACAACAGAUCAUGUGAAAAGUUGUUUACUCAGGGACACAAUCAUUAAUUUAUUAAUCCACAUUUGUUGCUCCUGAAUCUAAUUCAUGAGAAUUAUUCACGCUGUUAGUUGCAAACUACAGUCCAUCCAAACAGAAAGGCGAGGAGUGUUUUUAAAAAAAAAAAAAAAUGUAUUUCACUAUUGUAUGCGGAUGACUUGGCUUUUUUUUUAUACCUUGUCAUUCAUUUAGUUUAAAGUCAUUUUAAUCUUCUCAGGCUCAUUUUCCGUACUCCUUUCCACUUUCAAGUAAACUGAUGUCCUCACAGCAGUUUUAAAAAUGAAUGUGAAGAGAGCCUAAUGUUCAAUCAGAAUUACAAUAUUAUUAUUAUCAUCACACUACUAUUUUCAAAUGUUUGCCUACCUCUUCGCUUUGAUCCCAUGUAAGCAUACAAUAUGAUUAUUUACAGUUUCAUCAGUCAAGAUAUACAAUUCAGUUGUGCUGAAGUCAGUAUUAUGAAAACUGUAUAAUUUGUAAUGCAGCUUUGCAACUUUAAACAGUUCAUAGAUGCAGUGACAUUCCUUGAUUUCAUGCCAAAAUUAUUUCUCUGUGCCUGAAAAAUGUUGAGCUUGACAAAACACGGCUUUCACAAAUUUCAGUUUCCUUCAGAUUUUACUUUCUCAUAAUGUUUUAUACCAACAUUUUAUGUAAUUUACUAGUCAUUUUGGAUUUUAUUGAUUCCAAAUAUACACUAAUGUUAUGUUACCUUAAGGGAACAAUGUCUGGCCUUGAUGAGUAGUAAAGUAAUAAGUGAACAGUUUUGGUAAACAAGGGAUUGUGUCAUCUCAGUCUUUAUAAUAAUGUAUAUCUUUGAUGUGCACUAAUACCUUGUAAGGUCCUUUUAUUAAGCUAUUAUGCUGCUACAGUACAUCAAAUGUAAUAAUUUAAUUUAAGUCAUGAGAAGUUUACAGAGGAAGAAUAUCUGUUAUCAUUGCCUUAACUUUAUAUUGGUAAUCCUGCUUUUUUUCUUUAUCAAUCUGUUAAAUUCAGUGCUGAUUUUAAAUGGACUGAUUACUGUUUAAAGUGAAGUAAGUGAUUGAAGGUGCCUUUGCUUUUUUCAUGACUGUGGACUUGAUAGUCAUGUGUACAACAUCAUGUGAAAUCAAAUAGCUGAUAAGUGUAUUUAUGAAAAGACUGGUAAACAAUAAAGAUUUGUUGAAAAGGUG